UGAAAAUCAUGAAAUAAUUCUUAUUACAGCAAUGGAAUUAUACAAAUACAAAUAUGUUGCUGUAUUAUGUGUUUCGAUUGUAACAUUUGCAUGUAGCAUUACAAGAAGCAACGGAUCAAAAUUUAAGUAUAGCAUUUCAAGUUGGAAAUUUUGUUUAAAAUCCGAUCAUAUUUUGUCGACGCUGACACAAGUAACGCUAUCGCAGUGUGUUGAUGAAUGUGCAACAAGAAAAGAAUGCCAGGCUGUUAACUAUUUCAACAGUUAUCAGAUCUGUGAACUUAUUCCGGACAACAAUGGUGUGUUGUUUGAAACUACAAAGGUCAAUCGUGGAUGCGUUAUGGUUAAAAAGGCUGAUAUGAUCACAACCGAGAUUAAUGAAAGCUGUCCUUGUGGCGCGAGGGAGUCAUGUGACCUUGAACAAGAUGUGUCUUGCACGAUUAAAGAAUGCGAACGUUUAACGAUACAAAAUGGUCGAGUAAAUGAAAAUAUGCGGUCAAUAGGAGCUUCAAUAACAUACGAAUGCAACCAAAUGUACAUUGCAACAUUUCAAGAAUCAGGAGCGACUUGUCUUGCAAAUGGCACUUGGUCAUACACUCCCGAUUGUACAAAAGAUACUGAGGGUAACACCAUUUGCAAGGGUUGUAUACUUCCGAGAGAUUGUCAAGAUGUUAAAGCAGUCAACAAAACAGCAGAAACAGGGUUGUUUGAGAUUUAUCCAAUAGGAAGCAAUGGAUUUAUGGUGCGCUGUGACAUGGACACGCCACCUGGCGGCUGGACGGUGUUUCAACGCAGAGAGUCAAAUAGUGAUUUUGAAAAAGACUGGGAAGCAUAUAAGGAAGGGUUUGGGCAGUUGGCUAAUAAUUUCUGGUUAGGGAAUGAUAAAAUAUGGAAACUCACAAGCAGUGGGCAGUACAAACUACGAGUUGAUCUCAUAGACCAAAAUGGCUCGGAGGGAUAUGCGGAAUACAGUUCUUUUUCAAUCGGAAAUGAGUCGACAAAAUAUGUCUUGAAUAUCGCUGGCCAUAGUGGAACAGCCGAUGACAGCUUGAUCGUGGGUCAUAACGGAAUGAUGUUCAGCACUAUUGACCAAGACCACGAUACAUAUUUUAGUUCUUGCGUUUAUCUUUUUAAGGGAGGUUGGUGGUACUUUGACUGUCAGAUUUCAAACUUGAACGGACCAUAUGGGAACGUCCGUUGUAAUCGCGGAAUGACGUGGAAACAAUGGAGGGAUGAUUGCGUGUUUAUGAAAUUUACAGAAAUGAAAAUUCGUCGAAAUUAACUUCAAUGAUUUGAGAACAGAGAUAGAGCAUGCUGUUCAUUUUAAUAACUUUUUAUUGCAGCAAAAUAGCUUUAAUUUCAAUGAAAGAAAUUCACAUUUUGCGUUAGUAUUAAAUAUUUCAUCGUAAGGGGUGUGGAUGCACAGAAACAUAAUAACAGCAGCAACUUGUGUAGAAAACAAUUGUUCUUUAUAUUAUUCUGGAAAAGUGAUAAUCCUUUAAAAGCAUUAUUUUAUUUUUUAUAACUAACGCUCUUAAAUCAUUAUUUCCGUUUUGAUAUAUGAUAGCGCUUAAACUUCAUUAUUUCCAUUCUGUUAAAUAAUAUCGCUCUUAAAUCAUUAUUUCCAUUCUGUUAAAUAAUAGGGCUCUAAAAUCAUUAUUUAUAUUUGGAAAAAAAUCAUAGCGCUGUACUUUUUUUCUGGAAAUAAUGAUUUUAUAGUGAACUAUUUUUGCGAUAAAUGAUAAUAAACCUCGCUUUUAAAGCAUUAUUUCAAUUCUCAUAAAUGAUGUCGCUCUAAAAUCAUAAUGUCCAUUUUUAAUUUGUUAAAUAAUAGCGCUCUAAAAUCAUUAUUUCCUUUCUGAUAAAUGAUAGCGCUUUAAAAUCAUUGUAUACGUUCUGUUAAAUAUUCAAGCUCAAAACUUAUAAUUUCAAUUUUGAUUAUUUUAGCACUCUUAAAUCAUUAUUUUCAUUCUUAUAAAUGACCGUGUUCUAAAAUCAUUAUUUCCUUUUUGAUAAAUGAUGCCACUCUAAAAUUACUAUUUCAUUAUUUCCAUUCUAAUAAAUGAUGGCGCCCUAAAAUCAUUAUUUCCAUCCUGAUAAAUAAUAGAGCUUUAAAAUCAUUAUUUUCCAUUCGAAAAAGUGAUAAUGAUCAAAGAGCAUAGUUUUAUCGUGAUAUGCUGAUAUAAAUGCGGUCUAAAACAUUCUUUAUGUUGAAUUUCUUAUGCCUUUGUACUUUUAUACAAUUCAUUUUAAUAACAUCUGUUUUCUAAAGCAGCAUGCCUCCAGUUUUAUGCUACUUUUGUAACAUUUUGAAAAUAUAUUGAAAUGUAUAAAGUUUGAAGUAAUUAAAAAAGUAAUUUAUACAUUGUUAACGACAUUUACAAUAUGCGUGAAUUACAAAAAUGAUGUCAAAAUAUGCAAAAAUAACCCUCCCUGCGUUAGUUACGCAGUAAAAAUAUAAUGAUAAAUACUUCAAAAUCAUUCUUCAAUCGCACAUAACAUGUAAAUUAUAACUCAAAUAUUUAAAUCUUUUUACUGUUUAUUAAAUAUUCCAUAAAAUAUAAAAAGCACACCAUAGCGUCAUAUAUACUUCAGACUUGGUAAACUAUCUAUAACUUUUGAGAUGGAUACUUGAAGCCAUGCUAAUUUGAACGUGAUGCUAAUGAAUUAAUUAGAACUAAAUAUUCUUGUCUCCCCUAGGUGAUCCGGAAAUCGGUAUUGCAUUUCGCAUAAGAGAAUUAUAAAGUAUAUUUAUUCUUUAGAAGGCAGUGUCGAUUAACCUUGAAUCAAUGGAAUACGAUCUCUUAUUAAAGAGAUGGGAUGGCAUAAACUUAGUCAUAUUACAUGCUUUCUAAGCAGCAAUUUUAUGUUGCGUAGCAAUGACUAGAGAAGUCAAUGUUAAGUACAAUAUUUCGAGUUUUAAAAAGUACAGUUUACAGUUCACAAGUAUCGCAAUCGCAGUGUGUGGGUGAAUUUGCAACACAACAUAUUGUAUAGCUGUUAACUAUUUCAAUCUUUAUCGCGCCUGUGAACUUAUUCCGGACCAUGAUGGUGUGCUGUUUGAUAGCACAAGAAAAACUCUAAUUCCACAUUGUUUCGAUGUAAAUUCUUAAAAUUUAAUUAUUAGGUAUUUUGUAUAUUUUUGUAUUUUGUAACCGUAUAAAAAGCAUUCUUAGCAAAGGAAAAAUCAAUAGACGAACCUAUUUAAUAACUAACGAUUCUGGGUCACAAUUGUUGAAUUAAUAUUUUAUAAUUUUAAACGACCGAAUAGAAUGUUUUUUAUAAAUUAUACGAAUCAUUUGUAAUAACUAAUAUUUUCAAGAUUUAUUUCUAAGUGAUGUUUUAUUACCAAAAGGUUAAUGACAAAUGUUCUUGUAACCCUGGGAAGUCAUGUGAUAUCGACACUGAUGUCUCAUGUGCGAUAACAAGGUAAAUACUUGUUUCAUAUCUUGUUAUUCUGUUCUUGUUGUUUUGGAGUUUUUUUAAGUAGCUGUUUUUUUGCAGACGGGAAAGAAGUACACAAAAUAAUUACCCUUUCUAUAAUAUUAUUGUACGUAUAUUGAAAAAGUUACAUUAGUCUACAUUUUUUGUAUAUUUUCGUAAAUAGUCUUGUCCCAUAUCAAUUCACGAGAACAUAAAGCUUUAC